AUGAUGAUAUCUCACAGCCUUCGGUUUCAGCUAUCCCUCCAACCUUCUUUAGCAUCAAAAUUUGAUGUGAAAACAAGAUACAAGAACCAUGGAAUUAGGCCAUCAGCAUCCAUCAAUGUAAAUCAAGUUUCCGAUCAUAUCGGCGUCGAUCUCCGGCGAUCAGCCGAUUACCAUCCUACCAUUUGGGAUCCAAAGCUUAUUCAAUCAUUAACCACGACUUAUACCUACGAACUACACGGAAACAGAUUGGAUAAAUUGAAGGAGCAAGUUAGCAUGUUUCUUAAAUCCACCAAGGACGUGUCAAUCCUCUUGAAACUCAUCGACUCUAUCCAACGGUCAGGAGUGGCUUAUCAUUUUAAUGAAGAAAUCGACUACGCAUUUGACCUCGUCUCGUCGUUUAUCCCCAAUGGUAGCGGUCUUUCAACAACCGCGCUAUGGUUUCGUCUUCUACGUCAACGUGGUCUUUUCGUAAGUACAGAUGUAUUUGAUGAAUUCAAGGAUGAAAAUGGGAACUUUUUGGAAAGAUUGAGUGAUGAUCUAGAAGGGCUCUUGAAUUUAUACGAGUCUUCGUUUCUCGGGAUGUGUGGGGAAGAUGAUGACAUCGAAGAAGCUAGAGAUUUUAGUGUGAAACAUCUCGAAUCGUUUAUGUUAACUCGUCUUGAUUGUGAUAUUGUGGAUAUGAGAAACAGGGUAGAAGACGCAUUGUCGGUCCCUUUGCACUGGAGGACCCCAAGAUUGGAAGCAAGAAACUUCAUUGAUUUGUGUAAAGUUGGUGACGGGAUUAAUUCAUCGGUCAUACUUGAAUUGGCAACUUUGGAUUAUAACCUUGUGCAGUCAAUACAUCAGGAGGAGGUUAAAGAACUAACAAAAUGGUGGAAAAAUUUGGGUUUUAGAGAAAAGUUGAGUUUUUCUCGAGACAGAAUGGUGGAGAACUAUUUAUGGGCAAUGGGAAUUGUGUGGGAACCUCAAUACUCAAAAAGUAGGAUAACCCUUACUAAAUUUAUAUGCAUCCUUACUGCCAUUGACGAUAUCUUUGACAUAUAUGGAUCGCUAGAUGAGCUAGAGAGCUUCGUGAUUGCUGUGGAACGAUGGGAUUUGAAAGCUAUAGAUGACCUCCCACAAUACAUGAAGAUAUGUUACCUAGCCAUGUACAACUUUGGAAAUGAAACCGCAUAUGAUGUUCUAAGAGAUCACGGCACGGUCGUUAUAGAAUCGGUCAAGAAAGAGUGGGAAAGGCUUUGCAAAUCAUAUCUAACUGAAGCAAGGUGGUACUAUAGUGGGUACCAGCCAUCACCGAAUGAGUACAUGGAAAACGCCUGGAUUUCAGUAGGUGGUCAUGGAGCCAUUGUACAUACUUGCUUACUUUUAGGGUUAUUUCCGAUUAAUGAGACAAGUCUCGACAAAUUUAGUGGUGGCUCCGGGCCUCUUUAUUGGGCAUGUCUCAUAACAAGGCUAAGCAAUGAUAUCGGUACAUCUCAGGCGGAAAUUGCUAGAGGGGAUGUGCCAAAGUCUAUUCAUAGUUACAUGAUACACAAUAAGGUGUCGGAAAAGGAAGCUAGAGACACUGCUAGUGACAUAAUGAACAAUUCAUGGAAAAAACUUAAUGAGACAAUUAUAAAGGGGUCUUGUUGCUCAAUUGUCGCAAAUUUGUCGCUUAACAUGACACGCACCGCUUUAUCUAUAUACCAACAUGGGGAUGGAAUUGGCACCUCUAACGGAUCAACCAAAGACCGCCUCACUUUAUUGAUUGUCGAACCAAUUUCCCUUUAUUAA